AUGAGAAUACGAUUCAUCAUACUUAUUUCAAUUUUACUACUAUGUGUAAAGCGGGUAUUUUCAUUCAAAGGAAUACAAAAACUUAAAAAGAUAAAUGGAAUACAAAAAGUUUUAAAGCCGUCCAAUCAGAUGAGUUUCCAUGAGUUGCGAUCACGAAGCAGAAAUGCUCAAAAUAACAACUUAAAUAUAAGUGUAGGAGAUUGGAGCAUAAACAUAACUUAUAAAGACCCAUCUAAUAAUCCCGAGAAAAUAAAAAGUCUUUUGAUAUACUCAAUGACAUUUCCAUAUACUGAACUUGAUGAAUUCAAGGAAUAUUUAUUUGAGUAA